GUAAGACUGGCGACGUGGAUUGGACCGUGGGUUCUGACUACACUGAGUGGACAGCUUGGGGCACCUGUUCAGCUACAUGUGGCGGCGGUACUCAGUCCAGAUCUCGGCGUUGUCUGAACGCUGCUGUCUGCGGUAUGGAGGAGCAGUCUGAAACCCAGGAGUGCAACCAGUUUUGCUGCUGGGCUUCCAAGCACGACUUUCACAUCGACUGCAGAACAACCACUACUCUCCAACUCUACUGUCCCGAAGAUAAAUAUACCAGAUACAUCAGAGUCGAAGACGUCCUUAUUUGUCCGGAUGGUAACUGCAGUGCCGUCCCCGGGAUAAAGUCCAAGCUCGAGUCCAGGUGCAAUGAACAAGGUUCGUGCAAGACGAUCUACCCUUGUGGAACAGGCUCCCAACUUGACAUUCUCCACGUGCUGUUUGAAUGCUGCUUUUUCCCAGGCGGCAAAGGACCGAUCCCAGCGCAGAAUACACCUGGUGGUUGGCCGUCUCAUCCACACCCCCUGACGCCCCGCUCCUUCAAGAACGCUGUUGGGCGUGGCGGACCACGUGGUCACAAUCACGUGCCGGGGGCUAAUAAUCUCGGGCCGGCAAAACAUGGACCCAAGAGGAAGGGCCCCAAACGAGGAUGAUUUCUAGCCAUUUAGUGGACCACAAUCCUUAAUUUUGAGAUAUAGUUAGACGUUUUUAUAUAUAUACAGUUGGCGCAAAGCGUCUUUUUAUAAAGUAUUUUAAACAAUGAAAAAAAUGAUUAGGAGACGUUGCAAUGUGUGUAAAUACUAACGACUGAAUGUGAUAAGUGCUUUCAAUAUAUUCCAUAUCAAAGGUGCCAUUGAGAAGCUGCAAAUGAACACUCACACUUUGGUAAUUGAUAUUUUGUUCUGGAAUUCGUUCAGUGAUGUACCAUUUUCGGACUUUUUUGACGUAGUGUCGUUUUAAAUAUUUUCUUACCCUGUAUUGCAUAAUAAAUUUUAGCCAUUUUCUAA